UUUGUUCGCCUUUUGAACACGGCGUAUUUACAAAGUUGUGUUUAAAAAUAAUAUUAGUCCUAACAGCAUUGUCGCGCCAUAUUGUGACGAAUUAGAGUUCCGCACACAAAUGUCUUAAAUGCUUGCUAAACUAAGAGUUUAUUAUUUUUAUGUUUUAGUUGUGACUUGGAUCGAACUACUAUGGUCAUAUUUCUAGACGUAGACCGUUUUUUGACUAAAAAUGAUAUCCGAGCCUUAAAAACUGCGAGAUGGCCUUGGAUUGAAACUCAUUUCUUGUUAUCUCGCAAUUGCCAUGGUUGUGGCAAGAGAGUUUCAACAUAUUCUGGAGAAAGGCCAGUUCAUAUUGUUUUGAAGGAAGAACACAUAAAAUUAUUGUUAAACGAAAAAAAUUUUUGGUGUGAAAAUUGCAACUUCGCCGUUUAUGACCAUUUCACUAGUGACGAAUGUGAACUAGAUUCCUGCCAUGCCUUUCUCAGUAGUGCAAACAAUUGAAAAAGGCGAAUUAAGAUUAACGGCCGUACCAGAUCUGUGGGUGCAUAAUAAAUUACUUUUUUGGCCAAAGAAGUCAGCAGAUAAAUUAAGGAGGCAGGAAAAUAGUUCACCUGAUGCUUCUUGGGAAAUCAUGUCAUGUGAUGUAAAAAGAAAAAAUCUUAAAACAUUUCAAGAGGCACAGGAUGAAAUUGAUACAAUGAGUGACAAAUCAGAUACUGAAACUGACGAAGGAGAUACGAACCGUCGAUCAUUACGCAAGGAAAAAUAUCCCUUGCCAGAUAAAUCUUUCAACGAAUUGGCGAAGACUUUAACAGAUAAUCAUAAUCAAAUGCUAAGUACCACAACACCAGUCACUCAAGUAGCCCAGAAAUCCCAAGAAGACACAAAUUGCUGUUUUGUGCCCCAAGACCAGAUUGUUGGUACAGUCGAGGGCAAUAUUCCUGUCACAAUUCCGGAAUCGAAUUUCCUCUUUUAUACACAUACAGAACCGGAAAUUUCAACACCAACUAACGAGAUUGAAGCUAUUAAGGAGAGCAUAGCAACCAUUAUAGCCAAUCAAAAUUCCCUACAUGAAAUCCAAACUAAUAUGUGUGUAAAGAUCUCAGAAAUACAAACAGAGCUAAGAUCAUUCAUAAAAAUGAGCGUAUCACAAAAAAGAGUUGACGAAGAGCCAACUCUAAUAAAAAAUAUCAAAGACCUUGAGGAAUUUGAAAAAAAUCUAUCAAAUAGAACAUUCAAAGAUAACAUGUUGAUGAAAUUUGUCGGUGUGUGUUCUAAAGGUUUGGGCAAAGGCGGCGUAAAUGCCUACCACUUGGUCGAUUCUUUGUUUGAAAGAAAUUUUCUUAAGCAAUGUACGUGGACUGGCUUUUCCAAGAAAGAAACAGUAAAAAUAUGUUUUAAAGCGUUUACGAGAACGAUUUCUCUUUUUUUUGAUAUUAUCCACGCAACAGAUGAAAGUUUUACAAAAGUGGACUGCGAUAAAUUUUUUAAAACUAUUUUGAAAAAUGCUCAUAAACGCAGCGAAAGCAAUCAGAGGAUGUCGGCUCCAAAAGUUAGAGUAAUAAAGAGAAAAGGGACAGCAAAAACUCUUCCAAUAGAUGUGCCGAUUGAGAAUGUUAACGGAGAGGGCUCCGGUCAAAACAGCGUCGAGACUCCCGAUUUAAACAAUGAAGAGAGAUCUGACCAAAAUGAUGUUGAGAUUUUCUAUCAAAGUGAUGAAGAGAGGCCUGAUAAAACGACGAAGGGAUGUCCGACUAAUUGAGUACGUAGUUAAUGUUUUCAUAUAAUGUUUACACACCUACAUUUGGUAACUCGAUUCAUUUUUUGUCGCUGAUUUUUGAAUAAUCCUAGAUUAGGUGGGAAUAAUUAAUUAUUGAUGGUGAUAUUACUUAACAAGAGGUUAAGUUUUCAUAGUUGUUAUUUCUAAGUUUAUUUUAAAGUUCCUUUGGUAGCUAAGACUUGUUGGUUGAAUAAAAGAGCACCUAUUUAACUAA